AUGGCCAGCGCGAAUCCGGCUCCGGCCAUCUUCCUCGCCGCCUUGGCGGUGGCGGCGGCGGCGCAGCUCGCCGCCGCGGGCUUUGCCACUGACCUGUACUGGAAAGACCCGCAGCCGGCGCCUGGCGCCGUCACGCCGUACAAGACGUCGGACUGGCAGGACGGCUCCGCCACCUUCUACGGCGCCUCCUCCGGCAUCGGCGACGACUUCGGUGGCGCGUGCGGGUACACGUCCAACGACAUCCUGUCGCUCUUCUCGACGAACACGGCGGCGCUGAGCACGCCGCUGUUCGUGACCGGCAACGGCUGCGGGCAGUGCUACGAGCUGCGGUGCGUCAAGUCGCCGUGGUGCAACCCGGGGUCGCCGUCGGUGGUCCUCACGGGGACCAACCUGUGCCCUCCCAACUGGGACCUCCCCAACGACAACGGCGGGUGGUGCAACCCGCCGCGCCACCACUUCGACAUGGCGCCGCCGUCCUUCCUCAAGCUGGCGCAGAGGGUCGCCGGGAUCGUGCCCGUCCAGUACCGCCGCGUGCCGUGCCAGCGGACGGGCGGCGUCAGGUUCUGCCUUCAUGGGAACCACUACUGGCUGCUGCUCUACGUCAUGAACGUCGGCGGCGCCGGCGACGUCUCCUCGCUCUCCGUGAAGCGCUCCGGCGGCUCGGCGUGGAUCCAGGCGGCGCACAACUGGGGGAUCACGUACCAGGUGUUCGCGGCGCUGGACAACUCGGUGGGCCUCUCCGUCAAGCUCACCACCUACAGCUCGCCGCAGCAGACCAUCGUCGUCGACGACGCCAUCCCGCCCUGGUGGACCACCGGCCUCUGCUACCAGGGAUCAAACAACUUCUACUAA